GUGUUCAAAGAUCUCCUGGACCCCAUCAUUGAGGACCGCCACGGGGGAUACAAACCCACAGACAAACACAAGACUGACCUGAACCCAGACAACCUCCAGGGUGGAGAUGACCUUGACCCCAACUACGUCCUGAGCUCCAGAGUGCGAACUGGCAGGAGCAUCCGUGGCUUCUGCCUCCCUCCUCACUGCAGCCGUGGGGAGAGACGGGCCAUUGAGGGUCUGUCCGUUGAGGCUUUGGGAGUCCUUGAUGGCGAUCUUAAAGGAAAGUACUAUGCCCUCAAGGACAUGACAGAGGAGGAGCAGCAGCAGCUGAUUGAUGACCACUUCCUA